AUGCGGAGGGUGUUGAAAGUGCGGGUGGGUGGAGUGACAACGGGACAAGAUCGAGUGAAGCGUCGGAGGAUGUCAGCCGAUGAUGGGGGGGACGAUGACGUACAGCAGGAGCUGAGUAGCGGGGGAGGAGUGCUAACCGAGGAGGCGCAGCAAGGGAGUGGAGUAGGAGUGGUGAACGAGGAGCCGCAACAAGAGAGCAGAGUGGGAGUGUCAAAUGAGGAGACGCACGAAGACACACCAGAUGGGGCCAGAGGGGGAGGGGAAGCGGAGGAGGUGGCUGAUAUUAUCGGGAUCAAAUGGGCAGAUGUUGAUACGCUUUUUGAGUUUGAUCCUCAUCCCAUCCAUGCCCCGCGAGACAACAUCUGCACCGAUUACAUCCGCGAGUCAGCUGUGGAGCUUUUGGGCGUGGAUGAGAUCGGUGAUGCGAGGGGCUCCAUUGAGGCAGUGGCGGAGGUGGGAGAGGAGGGUGGCUCCCAACAUAAUGGUGCUCCAGAAAGUGCGAUGGGGAGGACUGGCAAAAGGUGGCAGGAAAAGAAGAGUGGAAAACGACCACGUGACGAUGAUGGAGAGGACGAUGGGGGCACAGACACAGUGGAGAGGGUUGUGAAAGAGUGGCGGAUUCGUGUACGCAAGGCAACUCGGGUGAAACGGGGAAAGAUGGAUAGGGUGCUCGGGCCAAUGGAUUGGAGUUGGGUUGACGAGGUUUUAGAGCGUUGGUCGAAGUUACGUGAGAGCGGGGAGGGGAUCCCGAGCACAAAUGCUGAUGAGGAAGGAGAAGAGGGGGUGGAGGGUACGGAGGAGGGUGUGGAGCUGAUGGUUCCGGUGGCAGCUGAGGGAGGAACAGGGACGGAUGCCCAAACCAUGUCGGGGGAAGAGGAGGAGACAGGUGGGGCGUCCGCCCUGCCUAGUGAGGGGGGGACGCCAUAUGUAGGAGAUCCCGGGACGGGGUUAGUGGUGCUCGCGAUGAUGUGCGUGGCCCUCUCAAACGAGCGAGACGAGUACCCUCUCGUUCGGGGUAUUACCCACGCAACCCCUCCUUUCUCCCCCUGCAUCCCCUCCUUUCCCCCCCUGCAUCCCCUCCUUUCUCCUCUCUGCACCCCCGCUUCUCUCCCCCUGCAUCCCCUCCAUUCCCCCCUGCAUCUCCACCUUUCCCCACCUGCAUCCCCGUCACUAUCACCCCCCCUGCAUCCCCUCCUUUCUCCCCCUGCAUUCCCUUGUCGUUUCCCCCCUUGCUUCCCCUCCUUUCCCCCCCUGCAUCCCCUCCUUGCCCCGCCCUGCAUCCCCUCCUUUCCCCCACUGCGUUCCCUCCUUUUCCCCCUUCGCGUCACAUCAGAUUCGCAAGGGGAUUUCAAGUAA